GCACAGAGAGGGGGGGGUAGGAGCAGAUGAGCCCCCGGGGGAGCAGCCAUAGGAGAAGCCUCAGUCACAUCGGGAGAAGCGGCGGCUCAGGGAGGGAAGCGGGUCGGUGUCUCCCCGGGAAGGACCCUCAGUGCAGCGGUAUCAGUACCGCCCGGUACCGGGACUGGAGCCGCACUGCUAGGGCCCCUCACCCCAUUGGGCCGCGGUGCAUUCGGGCUGAUCCCGUAACGGAACCCCCGGACCCCGGGAAGCCGAACCGGCCUGUCGGGAAGCCCCGCAGCACCUUGGGGAACAGCCGGGCGGAUCCCCCCUCUCCCCGCACAGGCGGCCCCCCAGCCCCCCGGCCCCAGAGAUGCAGUUCCUGAAGCGGCGGCUGUCGGACAGCGGGUUCCUGGGCUCCCUGCCCAGCGGGUAUUUGUCAGAUUUGGGGCGCCCCGAACCCCCUCCCCAACCCGCCGGGCACAGCGUCUCCCAACCCUCCGGCUUCUUCAGCUCCAUCACCACCGCGGUGCGACAGAGUGCGGCCCAAGCCGGGCUGGGGGACCCCCCUACCGGGGCAUCGGGGAAGGUUCGGAACCUGCUGGUCAUUGGGGAACCGCACACCGACUGGUCCAAACACUUCCGUGGGAAGAAAGUGCAGGGAGAGUACGACAUCAAAGUGGAACAGGCGGAGUUCUCUGAUAUUAACCUGGUGGCACAUUCAGAUGGCAGUUACACCGUCGACCUCCUCGGCUCCCAGAAUGGGGCAAAAACCCUCAGGUCCUUCCGACCCGAUUUCGUGCUGGUUCGGCAGCAUUCCUUCAGUAUGGCAGAGAAUGAGGAUUUCCGGACCCUUAUUAUCGGAAUGCAAUACGCCGGAAUCCCCAGCAUUAACUCUUUAGAAUCCAUUUACAAUUUCUGCGACAAGCCAUGGGUGUUUUCUCUGCUGAUUUCUGCCUAUAAAAACCUGGGACCCGAGAAAUUCCCACUGAUUGAGCAAACGUUUUACCCCAACCACAAGGAAAUGCUGGCGAUGCCAACGUUUCCUGUUGUUGUGAAGAUCGGCCACGCGCAUGCCGGCAUGGGAAAGGUCAAGGUGGAGAACCACUAUGAUUUCCAAGACAUUGCCAGUGUUGUGGCUCUAACACAGACCUACGCCACCACGGAACCGUUCAUCGAUUCCAAAUAUGACAUCAGGAUUCAGAAGAUCGGAAAUAACUACAAAGCCUACAUGAGAACCUCCAUGUCUGGGAACUGGAAGACAAGUGCGGGUUCCGCCAUGUUGGAACAAGUUGCCAUGUCAGAAAGGUACAAACUGUGGGUGGAUUUGUGCUCUGAAAUCUUCGGGGGGCUGGACAUUUGCGCGGUGAAGGUCGUGCACGGGAAAGACGGGAAGGAUUAUAUUAUGGAGGUAAUGGACUGCACCAUGCCGGUCAUUGGGGACCAUCAGGCAGAAGACCGGCAGCUCAUUGCUGACUUGGUGGUGAAUAAGAUGAAUCAGAUUCGCUCCAAAUCUCCUGUGCCCUCUCCUCUGAGACCAACUGCAACUCAGCAACCUCAGAUGGGGACCCCGAGCGAGUCGGAGCCAAACAAAAUGGCGGCACAGCGCCCCCCACCCCAAGGGUGCACAGGGCGACCCCAAGAAAUGAUAUCAGAUGGGCAAAUGGCAGUUCGACCCACGGCCAAGCAAAGAGAGUGUGAGGAACCGAUUGUAAAGAACAUGCACCAUCCUAAAGGGAUCGCUCUUCAGCCUCCACCUGUACAGACCAAGCCUCUACCUGGUCAGAUCCAGCCUCCACCUGUACAGACCAAGCCUCUAUCUGCUCAGGUCCAGCCUCCACCUGUACAGGCCAAGCCUCUACCUGGUCAGAUCCAGCCUCCACCUGUACAGACCAAGCCUCUAUCUGCUCAGGUCCAGCCUCCACCUGUACAGACCAAGCCUCUACCUGCUCAGAUCCACCCUCCACCUGUACAGACAAAGCCUCAAUCUGUUCAGAUCCCGCCUCCACCUGUACAUACCAAGCCUCUACCUGCUCAGUUCCACCCACCACCUGUACAGACCAAGCCUCUAAAUGCUCAGAUCCAGCCUCCACCUGUACAGACCAAGCCUCUAAAUUCUCAGAUCCAGCCUCCACCUGUACAGACCAAGCCACUACCUGCUCAGUUCCAGCCUCCACCUGUACAGACCAAGCCUCUAAAUGCUAAGAUCCAGCCUCCACCUGUACAGACCAAGCCACUACCUGCUCAGUUCCAGCCUCCACCUGUACAGACCAAGCCUCUAAAUGCUCCAAUCCUGCCUCCACCUUUACAGACCAAGCCUCUAAAUGCUCAGAUCCUGCCUCCAUCUGUACAGACCAAGCCUCUAAAUUCUCAGAUCCUGCCUCCACCUGUACAGACCAAGCCUCUACCUGCUCAGUUCCAGCCUCCACCUGUACAGACCAAGCCUCUACCUGCUCAGUUCCAGCCUCCACCUGUACAGACCACGAUGGCACAUGGUGCCGCACAGCUCCCUGCUUUUGGACAGGAGGCUUCGGGUUCCGGGAGAGUAGUGUCAGACCCAGCACAAAGGGCUCACCCUCAGCUCAACAAGUCCCAGUCCCUGACCAAUGCCUUCAGCUUCCCCCAAGCUUCCUUCUUCCGCUCGGCCAGUAGUGACGCGGAGGCCAAGGCUGAGACCAUCAGGAACCUCAGGAAAUCCUUCGCCAGUCUCUUCUCUGAUUAAUGGGCAGAUCCAGUGGCUCCUGGAAGCACCAAUGCACCUACUGAUAAAGGAGGAGUUUGUGUCUAACGCUUUGGCCUUUCCUGACCAACCCACUAAUCCUUACUGAGCACUGGCGCCCCCCCCCAGUUACUGGUCAGCCAUGUGUAACUCAUGUGUAACUCACUCACAACUAUACACAGAAGUCAUCCUGAAGGAAUAUCCAGCUUGUAGCCCCUACUUUCCCCAUCUUGCCCUACUUUCCCCAUCUUGCCCUACUGUCUCCAU